GUGAGGCAUUAUCUUCUACACUUAUGCUUGGAACAACUUGGCAAAUGUGUUGUUCCUUGAAUCUCCGGCUGGGGUUGGAUUUUCGUACUCAAACACCACAUCAGAUCUAUAUGAUGCCGGUGACAAGAGAACUGCUGAAGAUGCAUAUGUUUUUCUGGUGAAUUGGUUUGAAAGGUUUCCACAGUACAAGCAUAGAGAUUUCUACAUUGCUGGAGAAAGUUAUGCAGGUCACUAUGUUCCUCAGCUGUCUCAAAUUGUCUAUGAAAGAAACAAGGGGGUACAAAAUCCAGUUAUUAAUUUUAAGGGAUUUUUGGUUGGGAAUGCUGUUACUGAUGAUUACCAUGAUUAUAUUGGCACAUUUGAGUAUUGGUGGACCCAUGGUUUGAUAUCUGACUCCACAUUUCAAAAACUAAGAGCUGCGUGUGAUAUGGGAUCCUCUACACAUCCAUCCCUUGAAUGCAUGGCGGCUCUUAAAAUAGCAGAGGUUGAGCUAGGAAACAUCGAUCCAUAUAGUAUCUUCACACAACCUUGCAAUAGAACUGGAGAACUAAGGCGAAACUCGAGGGGUCAUUAUCCUUGGAUGUCAAGAGCUUAUGAUCCAUGCACAGAGAGGUAUUCCAACGAGUACUUCAACCGCCCAGAAGUUCAGAAUGCACUUCAUGCAAAUGUAACUGAAAUUCCUUAUCCAUGGAAAACAUGCAGUGAUAUUGUUGGAAACUACUGGACUGAUUCUCCACUUUCUAUGCUUCCCAUUUAUCGAGAACUAAUAGCUGCUGGUCUUAGGAUAUGGGUAUACAGUGGAGAUACUGAUGCAGUGGUUCCUGUAACUGCAACUAGAUACUCCAUUGAUGCCCUGAAGCUACCUACAAUUACCAACUGGUAUCCUUGGUAUGACAAUGGAAAGGUUGGUGGGUGGAGCCAAGUCUACAAAGGACUGACAUUGGUAACAGUUACAGGAGCUGGCCAUGAGGUUCCCCUCCAUCGCCCUCGUCAAGCUUAUAUUCUUUUCAGAUCAUUUUUGGAGGACAAGCCAAUGCCCAAUCAAUAAAGCAAAAUAAUUAUAGCAAUUAUUCAUACACCGGAGCAGGUGAUCCAAAAAGAAAAAGAAACAUAAAGAGAAGAAGCACUCUGCUUGAAUGCUCCCCUCAUUCUUGCCCCCAACCUACAACUCUUCUAAUCUUUUUUACCUUCUUAUUCAUGAUCAGGUAGAAUAAAAUGAAUUUAGGAAUAUAUGGAGAUUGAACUAGAACCCAGCUUUCUGUACAAUAUCCACAUGUGAAACAUGGAGUGAGUAUUCUUUCCACAGUUUCAAUAAGUGAAACUGUGAAUGUUGCUUCAAAUUAGUUGAUGUUUUCUUUGCAUGGUGCAACUAUAUUCUUG